CGAAGAAGGUGUCAUAUCAAAUCAAAGAAAACAAUAAGAACUUUGUGGAAAAUCAAGAAAAAUGAAGACGAGUUCGUCAUUGAUGAUUAUCUUUCUCCUCGUACUGAUCUUGCAAACUAACAAACUAGAGAGUGGGCAUGUCCAUUCCACUGAUCAAGACACAGUCAAGAACAUCUACAACAACAUUGAUAAAAGCAACAUAACCGCCAAAAUAGUUCUCAAGGACAAGAAAAUAUCAAGUCAUGGUGGAGGAAGCAAUAGCUAUAGAUGGGGAGGUGGCGGCGGAGGAGGAGGUGGUGGUGGUGGAGGAGGAGGAGGUGGUGGCGGUGGGGGCGGAGGUGGUGGAUGGGGAUGGGGAGGAGGUGGUGUUGGUGGUGGUGGUAGAGGAUGGUACAAAUGGGCUUGUGGCGGCGGAGGAGGAAGAGAAGGAAGAGGAGAAUUUGUGAAAAGAGAAUAUGCAGAGUGCAAGGGAAAAGGGAAAUGUAGAGGAAAGAGAUUGGAAUGUCCUCAACAUUGUGGAGGUUUUUGUUUUUAUGAUUGUCUCUUUCUCUGCAAACCGCAUUGCCGUCGUUAGAGAGAUAUAUUGCUUGUUUUCUGCGAUCCUAUUUUCUUUUCUGGUUUCUUUGUUUUUUUUUUGUUGUUAAUACCCUAAUUUCUUCUUUACUAAUCUUUUCAAGCUUCUUGAGAGCCGACAACGAAAAAAAGCCGUAAUAUUAGGAUCUUGAGUCAUUUACGGCUUUUAAUUUGUAGUUCUUUUGGCUUUAAUUUCUGUAAUGAACGAAGAGUUCAUGAAUAAACAUUUUGAUUCAUUUAUUGACAUUAAGAGCAUUUAGUGAGUUUCUUUUUGAGAAAGAGGGAGUUUCUUUUAUUAAUAAGAGGAACUCAAAGCAAAGUUCAUACAAUUGUAGAGUUCAAGAGGAGUAAAACUCAUCUCUAUAAUAGAAUUCUUCUAUUUUAGAAGUAAAAAUAGAAAAAUACAUUGGAGAUGGUUUAAGAAUAUGUAAUGUAUUCAAAGUCUCAGUCUUCUAUCUCUUGCUUUCUUUUAUAGGUCUUCAACAGUGGAUCGUAAUGGCGACGUGAUCUCCGGCGAGGAUCAGGUACCUUUGCAGUCGUUUUCAAUACUUUAACCUCCGCUAUACUAUAGUUUGAAAGUAUUAGCUCGGCAUGGACUGUCUCUUGAGAUUUGCAUGAGCCUCAGAUCUUCAUGAGCCUAUUGUCUUCUUACGAACUUAAAAUACACCAGAUCGGAUUCUCGGACGGGGUACGAAGGGGUGAAUUCCGCCUCCAACAACCACAACAACCAGUCCAGUGUACUAUUAUCAUGUCUUGGUUAUUGUUUAACGUACAUCUAAAAGAUACAUCUCAGUAUUUUGUAAGAAAUAUCUCGAUAUAUCAUGAAUAUUGGAUCAUAAUGGUUACUGAUGAAAAUAUCCAAAUAUAUCGAAUUAUAUGACCGUAAAAAAGAAGUCAUCAAAAAGUUCGAACGAAAUCUUUCUCGAGGGCAUUCAACUUUAACCAUUCAUCUUUUAAGCAUGAUUUCUGGCUGACAUGAGUAUAAAUGCAACAACUUUUAAUAAUGAAGCAUCUAAAGAACACUCAAUGCAACAAGAAAAAAGGUUUCGACAAAGAGUCAGUUUUCGUGUGUUAAAAAUUGUUUCCUCUCUCUCUUCGAAAGUCCCUCUCGCCUCUCUCUUCAAAACCAAAAGAAGUCCUAGUUCGUUUGGUCCGGCGGCUGGUUGCGCAAGCGCCGACGUCGGAGCCUCAUCCUCUUCCCUUCCUCUUUUCUCUUUGCUCUAUCCAUCUGUCUCCUUCUUGCCGUCGAUAUGUUUGGAUUUGUGGUUGGAGUCUAGCCGGCGGUCCUCUAAUUCUGUUCCGGAAAGUCUUAGAUCCGUGGUCGGUUGCCUCUUUUCUGGAGAUUCAGCGAGGCGGUGAGGGUUCAUGGGUGGCUAGAGUCGGUUUUUAGGGUGAGAUGUCGGCGGAUCUACUUUUCUCUCUUUAGAUCUGUUCGUCGUUCUCCAAGCUUGAGGCGCGUGAGGUUUGCGACUUACUCUCUCCUCCUGUUCUUGUAUAUGUGUGCUUGCAAAGAGUUUGUCUUUGUUGUGGAGUGGAGCUCAAAGGUCUCCUUCUCCCUGAGGCUCGGCGUCUUGUCUCCGGGGAAGGUCUCUCUUUCGUUCAGAGAAGACGGCAGUGUUCGUAUGUCGGCGCGUGCACUGAGCUCUUGGUGGUCGUGUGGCUGUCGGAGCUUGGAGGUUGUGGUUCUGAUAUGUCGUCUAUGGCAUGGUCUACUAUACCCUUGGCGGUUACUCUCCACUUGUAUGUCCUUCUCAUGUUCCUGGUCCAAUGUUGUGCUCUUGCCACCUUGCUAGUGGUGUUGAGCUUCGUCAGUAUCGCUCCGUUCGAUUUGGUCUCGUUCUCCAGCGAGUUCAAUCACAGGGCGCAAGGAAGGUCGGCUCAGGUUCUCUUAGUCGAAGCAAGGCGUCGUAUGGUGGAUUCAAUUGGGUCAGUUGGUGAAGCUUGCGUCGUGGAGACUUGAUGCAGAGAGGGUCAUCCCAGUGCCAUAGAGGACUACUUGGUCUUCUUGGUAGACCGUCUCUCCUUUUUUUGCAGGUACUGAUGAGUUUGGUCUAGGAUGUCUCCAUCUCAACUCGUCCUUUGGUGUGCGGUCGUGUAUAUCUCCGGCUAUUGCUUAUGACCAUUCGUGGUUUGUCGCUCUCAGCCAUCCGUGGAGGUAUGCUAUAUAUGUAAUGUUUGUGCUUAAGAGACUGCAAUUGCUUCAGUUAGAAAGAGAGUGGGAUGGUUCUGCUCUCUCCCGGAUUAACCUGGUGCGGUAGUGAUGAUGGAAGGCUCCGGAGUUGUGCCCACAACUUGGCUGUGUGGCCGAUGAGUCAAAGCUACUACUCUUAUGGUUGUACCGAUUUUUUGCUCAAUUUCUAGUUGGAUGUAAUUGCAAUGAUGCCCAUUUGGGAUGUUAAUGAAAAAUAUAUAUAUUUACAAGAAAAAAAAAAGAGUCAGUUUUCAGGUAA